AUGAAUGCCACUGAUUUGUCGAAAAAUGAUCAAUGUCAUGGCGAUGCAACCAAUGAGUCAGUGGAUUUUCUGAAAGGAGUUAAUAUUAUACAGAGUUACGUCACUGAUUAUAUCCAGUAUCGUGUGCACCUACAGAACGGCUACUGUCCGUAUUUACCAGAAAUCCCAUGUUCGGACGACUAUCGAUUUGAGUUGAUUCGAGCAGUUGCCUUAAUUUUUGAACAAAAACAUGAAGAAGAGCUCACAAAUAUGGUUACAACGUUAUGCCAGCAUGGAAGGCUUACAUUUCAACGAUAUGUUGAGGUUGUAGAAUGUUUUGCGCAAAACGAUGACGACGAUGAACGAGGUGAACAACUAUCAUAUGGACGGUUGGUGGCACUAAUUGCAUUUGCUGGAUUAGUUGCAAUGAAACUUUGUGACAUGGGGAUGUUUUCGGAUGUCUCAAUCAUUGCAUCAUACACAUCCAAAUUCUUACACAAGCGGAUCGUUUUAACAUGGCCGCAGAACAAACGUUGUUGGGAGAACUUUUUUGAUCGCGCGAAAAUAAUUGUUGAUAGGAAUGAAACUGAAGAGAAUGAACAACUUAACUUAAAAUCGGAAUGCAGUCGGUGGUGGCUAUCAAUUAGAGCGUUGGUGAUAUUCGGUAUGCUUGGUAUCGGUGCUGUCACGUUGAUUAAAACAGUGCUUAAAGCACGAUAA